AUGGAGUCAAGCACUGGGCCCGUCUUUGAUGAGGCCCAUUACCGUCGCGAUGUCCUCGAUCUCCCCACACCCGAAUCCGAAGAAGCGCGGGCGCAACAGCUCGCCGACGAGGCACGAGAGCUGGGGCUGAAAGUCCCGGAGAUCGAGGCAACUGCACCACUGGCCGCCUCGAUCGCCUCAGGAAUGGUCGAUCUCUCAUCGCCAGUCCUGUCCUCCGGCUCGUCGACCGAUCGGAAUUCGACCUGCGGCUCUGUCACUCCGUCCCACGAGCCGUCCUCCCCCGCUCCCUCUGCGCUGGACCAAGUCGUUUCGUCGUUGUCCGAUGUCACACUGGCUUCCGAUCGCAUGAAACCCGGCAGCACGCGAUCGCUGGCUUCGCUGUCUACUCGCCCGACCUCGUUUUGUUCAAGUGAGGGGAAGUCGGGCAUUACUGGGCUUGGGUAUUCUCUCGAACCAUUUGACCCCAAUUCACAUCGGCAUUCAAUGCUAAGUGUCGCUUCUGCGGAUAAGAAGGAGAAGCGCCGAAGCAGCUUGAAAUCUGCUAUCGGAAGGAUUAAUUUCCGCAAAAAGCGCACAUCGUCGGCCCUGGUCCUGCCACCGGCGGCACGGAUUACAGUCUCUACGGGCGAAAACGGCGUGGAUCAUGUGUUCUUAGAACGUGACGCAGAGUCCAACGAUGCGGCUCAUGAACAUGUCCCGGCCAAUCCGAUCAUCGAGGUACCGCUUCCUAAGUUGGAAAUCCCUUUGUUUAGCAAAGAGGCAUUGCAGAGAACUCUCGAUGAUCCCGAGCUGAGUGAGAUGCAAGAACGGCAUCGGAUGGAAAGGGACAGGCAUUUGGCUUUCCAAGAUGCCGCCUUGAGUAUCCUCCGGCGCCGACACCUGACUGCUGUCUCGGAAAAGCAAUCUGACAACCAGCAGCACGAGGAUGAGAAACGCGACAAGAACAUCGAAGCCAUAUCCCUAAUUGAAGAGCGACAACUCGCCGUUGAAAUUGAACAGCAACGUGAGUUCGAUCGAGCCAAGAUGAACUCGCGCACUCGGAUCAAGCACAUGGAGGGGUAUCUCCGCAAUGCCAGCCCACCACCCUCUCCCAUCGCAACCCCGACAAGAACCGAAAGAACCUCGGAAUCAUUUUCAGAACCCGACUUAACCCCACCACCUCGUGUAUUGACUCGUCAACAUAUGGAGCAGCUCGAACAACAAUACCAUAGCCACGAAACAAUGGACCAGCUCCACAACGCUCGUAUCAAAGUCCUCCGUGACCGCCAAGAACUCAAGCUGCAGGAAGCCACGGCGCGUAUGGAAAGGGAACUCGAUGACAUGUGUAAUAAAAACACUCAGGAUCUUGCUACGUUGCAGGCAGAGCACCAACGAGAAGAAAUCUCUCUCAUGCAAGCCUUGGAUACGAAGAAGACAACCCUGCGACAACGCUGGCACCUAGAAGAGGCUGUCCUACGGAGACAUCUCGAGAUGCGACAUGGCCAAUCAUAUGGUCCCUUACCCCUUGUUUCGUUCGCACACCCUACCGAUACCCCCGUCGGGGUUCCAGAACACUCCCCUCUCGAAUCGUCCAGUACCCCGGAUACAAUCCAUCCCAACCAGGAUUGCGUGGCGCUCUAA